AUGGCAACCAACACUCACCAGCUGCACCCCUGUUCUCCUCAGGAAACCUUAAACUCUGUCUGCCACGGUACUCUGAGUGCAAGCUACCACCCGAUCUCCAAGAGCUCCUCCAGUCUGGCAGCCAUUGGGCGAGCCAGCUCUGAGGAAAAGCACAGCGGCAGGCAGGAGCUCCGGAAGAGCCUCAGCAGCUCUGCUUGCCAAGCCCAGCUGAGGGAGGCCAAUGGUGGAAGCACGCCCAGUUCCGAAUGGUCUUCCACCCACUCGGAAGCAGCAUCGGUCACCAGAACUGCGAGGAACGAGUCUCCCAGCGACAGCAUGCAGAGUGCCAGCAAAAGCACAAGUCACUUCCCGCACGUUGACCCGUCCUCAGCUUCUGCAGAAGCGACGGGCACCAGGAGGUGCACCCAGAGCUGCGCAGUGGAGAGCACGCCUUCAGCCUCUGGUGCGAAUCCACAAGCUGCGGGUGCUGCGGAAGGACUGGGGGCUGCCGUUCAGAGAAGCCUUUCGGACCUGACAUGUAGCUGCAAGCCGCAAACAUCCUUGCCCCACAUGGAGACAAGUGCCACCUAUUCGGUGAUGAGUUCCAGUAGCAGCCACGGUGCCUCCACGGGCAACGCAGCUGUACUGCGACCGAGGUAUGGAUCCGACUCUUACGAAAAUGCCCCAGAUUUCCAAAGCCCUAUGACUUGGGUCCCAAGCUUGCCUAGAGACCAAAAUGUGCCCUCGAGCAUCUUUGACAAUGGUGCCGUAUCACACAACGUUUCUGCUUUUACAGACCCCGGAGCGUAUUGCACAAAUGUCCUUGGAUCACACAUGCCUGGGGAUACUUUCCCCAACAGGGCAAUGUAUGCUCAGGCUGGGAUUAUGUAUAGCAACUUUGCGCCCGGCAUGUACCCGCCUGGUCUGAUGGCCAUCCAUAACAGUACUGCUUUCCCCUACGGCAUGAGGCAGGAGGGUACCAUUCCAGCCUACUGCCAUUCCUUGCCAAUACCUUCUGUUCAGUUCAUCCCGCGCUUGGUUUGUUCAGUGAGCGAAUCAGGGAAAGGGCAGGCAAGCCCCGAGUGCUGUCCCUCUUUGCCUGCCACCGGAACCGCCACCCUUCCGAAGCUCGUGUCAUCCAUAAGCGAGUCGGGUCUGGAUGCAAAACGCAUGCUGAGAUGCUGCAGUGCGCGCGGGGAGCACAUCGUGCACGCUCAGCCUUGCGUGCCCCCAAGCCGAGCCCAAGAGGAAAGGAAAAGGACGUACGUGGUGCUGAACAGCCAUCAGGAUGGUGUCCACACGGUCAUGAAGACGAAGGACACGUGGACUAUGACCUCCAUGAGUGACCUCACCUGGGGACUCCAGCCUUCACUCGAGUGCAAAGAUGCGGAGGUGCAAACCCUUCCGACGAAGGAGUGCAGGUCGGUGGCAACAAGUCCUUCUGUCGUGGCAGAAGGCCGCCCUCAUGUCUUCCCAGAGGUGAAUCUGGAACCAGAGGUGGAGGGUGAAAAGUCUCCGGUGCGGGAAGUGAGAUGGGACGAUGAAGGAAUGACAUGGGAAGUCUAUGGGGCAGCUGUUGAUCCUGAAGUUCUUGGGCUGGCCAUUCAGAAACAUCUGGAGAUUCAAAUAGAACAGUUCCAAACAGAACCUGAGGAGCUCACGAGGAAAAGUACAGAGGAUCAGCCAGCUAAGGAUGAAAAGAGAACAUCUUUGAGGACAAUGAUGCAUUGUCUAAGAAGUCCUAGCUGCUGUGCCCGUUCCAGCACAGCAGUAGAAUGA